AUGAGGUUGCAUAUGAUACCUGUCAUAUUCAAAGAAGGUAUCAUAGCCUCUCUAACCGGUGGGUUCUAUCUGGAUGCAUCCCAAACUCACUUCUCAAACCUUGUGCAUGUUUAUGCGUGGAUUAUCUUAUUCGUUGUUCCUCUGGUUCUGUUUAUGAUUUCAGAAAAAUCUCACAUUACUGCAGUUAUUUACAGUCUUUCAGUUGGCUCGUUUGUUCUUGCAGUAAAGCUUGUAAUAUGGAGACUUCAUGAUCUUCUUGAUAAGAGUGAUCCCGUCGUUAUUGACAGUCAAGAAGCAAAAAGCUCGUAUUUGAAUGCAGAGCUGUCAAGUCAACACCACACAGAUAUUCGUGGUAGUGAUCAAGAGGAUUUCUCAAACGUUAGUGAAAUCGAAGACAGGUGCCGGCGCAUUGGACAAGCUGGGAUACAGCUAGCUGAGUUAACAGAUAAUUCAAAACGUGAUGUUUGUCCUCUCGCUGGUAGUGACUUAAUUGUCACCAAUAGCAAUCAAAGUGGAUGCGUACUAAAGGAGAACGGGAUUUGUAUAUCUGAAAAUGAUUUGAAGCCAGAUCUUGGAUUUGCGGACAGCUUCACUGAUUCUGUUACCUUUCCUAUUCCUCCACUGCAUGGUGAGCAGUCCAUCUUGUCACUUCUCCAAGUCUCUGAAGAUUCGAUUUGUGUUUCAAGUGAUUGUUCUGCCUCACCUCGAGAUUUGCCUGUAGUUGGUGAAGAACAAAAUUCUGUAAAGAACAAGCUGAACUCUUUAGAUGUUGACUAUCCGGUGCCUUCUAUGUGUGAAGAUAGUAAAGAUUCAGACCACUUGGAGACUGUUGUUUUGUCACUACCAUGUGCAGUCUCCUUGACUUCUCAGGAACAAAAAAGAUUUGAUUUCAGUCGCAGUGUUAACCCGAGGACACCUAGAUCUAUCUAUGUUAAUACACCAUUAAGGAGAUCAUUCAUUGGGAGACAUGCAAGACAAGCUCCUGUCAGAAAACAGUUUUCCGAAACUGCAGUGAAAAAUACAAAUGAAAUCCAACGAUUGCUGACUUUUUACGACCAAACUGGUCGUAUUCCUGGUUUGAAAUUCGAUCAGUCAGUUUCAGAAACUGUGAAUCCUUUAGAAAAGCUGCCAAGUGGUGAGUGUCCUAUUUCGUGCACCUCUCUGCCUGGUCCUUCUCUUGUGAGGUCCAGUUCAGUGCGUACAGAAAUUGAACAGUGUAAGCGUAUUAUAAAUCAGCUUAAAUGGGACGUGAGUCGACUUCCCCCUAUACCCGUUUCACGGUUCACUGCAUCAGAAAAAGACCUGGAAACAUUGGACUUGCAUCCAACAGCGUCCCACACAUCACCAUUGUCUCGCAUGAAAAGUAGAUCUCAGCUUCACAGACGUGCUCUACUCAUGGACUGGAAUCAACAAAGUAGAACCGUAACCUGCUUAGCUCCAACUGGCCGAAACAGCAUUCCCUAUUGUACCGAGUUUUCACUCACCGAGACCAUUUUCUUCUGGCGUCAGUGUUUUAGAAACACCAAUCAUCAUAGACUUACGCGAUCUAAUUCUCGACGUCAGCAUGGAGAUAUGGUUACGUUUAAUGAUUUUUCAUUGGCUACUCUGAAGUUUUGUCCUCGUCCACUACCAAGAGAAUGGCGUUCCCACAGUCUACGUUAUAAUUCCACAGCACUAAAUCCACUCACUCCCUACCACCGUCAACUCGUCCGUCUACCAGGUGGAGCUAUUCGCUUACGUCAACAAUCAACUGGAUCAUCUUCCUCAGCUGUGACUGAUAUUUCUCCACUUCGCUUACACACACCGGAAAUGAACAGUAUUCAAGCUCCUAGAGGUAAUCUACAUGCUUCUAUCGGGUCUGACGUGGUUGAGGCAGUUAUAUUAGAGGGCCAACAAGUAAAUAAAGGUGUCGAUAUACAGAAUAAUGUGGAAAAUAACACUAAGGAAUGGUGUAUUCUCGAAGAAACUCAUUCCACUACUAAUAAAUCAGCUUUAAGUGAACAAAAAGAUGAAUGUUUAGAAAAGAAUGGACAGAAUGCCGAAAAUUAUUCAGCUUCUGACCCGUUGGUCAAUGCUGUUUCUACUGAUGAUAACUUUCAACCAUUUGAACAAGCAAAACAUCAUCCCUUGGAAUUAUCAAAUGUGGAUAAGAUUCCUAAUGAUCAUAAUAAAUUGCCUGUUAUUGAAACAAGAAAUGGUAGUCGUCUCAUUCGCCAAGCUGGAUUUCGUCGUAGAACUGGUCUUUCCUCUCGUUUACACAAUCAGCCAAAAAAUAUUUCUUUACUUCAAAGUGAAAAUGGUAGUAGUUCUUUCAAUGGUUCAUUACAAACAGAAGAAACAAAAGAAGUACAGAAUAAGGCUGUGGCUAGUGGUAGUAGUAGCAUUAGUUUACAGACUUCGUUUCCUUCCUUGAUUCCGACUGCAAUGAAUCCCAUCUCAGUAGACCAAGCUGUUGAUAAUCUUCUCGCCCAUCUUAUGGGUGUAAAAUCAUUGGCUGAAAGUGGAUUAACCCGCCAACAGUGUUUGCUUCAGUUAAGGGGAGAUGGAAAUGCUGAGGAUUCAGAGAAUGCUGAAUGGGAUAUUUUGUAUGCUGUCACUGAAGCUGCUACUGAUACAGCGGCAGUAUUACACGAAUCGACUGUCACCAAUGAUGAGACAAGCAAUCGUGCUAGUGACACUCACCGGAUCGUUUCAUCUUGUGGUAAUUCUGAAGAAAAUAAAAGGGAUGUUCAAGAAUUGAAUGUUAGGACAUAUCAUCCAAUCGAUGAAAAUAGACAAUGUGAUAAUGAGAUUAAUACACAAGAAGCUACACCUAAUUUAUCCAAUGAAUCUGGUUCUGACGAUGAAGAUCGUUCAUCGCCAAACUCUUUACUUUGGUUUUUUCGCAGAGGUUUUAAACCUUUAAGGUUGCAGUCUAAACGUGCUUCUCCAACUGCUCCUGUGCAUACUUUAUCAUUGUCUCCGUGCCUUCCGUUUAUGUGUCGUGUUCGACUGAACCGUUUACAGUUGGGAUCUGUUUUUGACAAAAGCUUUACCAUGCUAGAGGCAAUCUUGAGUUCCAUCCUGGCUGCUUUAGUCAGCAUUGUUGCUUCAAAAACAUUCAAAUCUUCAACAAUUAAAUUCUAUGGAAUUGAUCUAUCUAUGGAGCGUAUUUCCUAUGUGAUUGAGUGUGCUUCUGUAUAUAUACUACUGAUAUUUCCCGUAUUAUUUUGUUUUGGCCUAAUACCUCAAAUAAACACAGUUCUCAUUUAUGCUUUAGAGCAAUUGGAUAUUCAUAUUUUUGGAGCAAGCGGUACUACUGGUCUUUUAUCAGUUGUAUUAUCUCUUCUUAGAACUUUAAUAGUGAUCGGGAUAACAUUUAUUCCAUGUCAUUAUGCAGUGCAAAAAAUAAAUCCUCAAUGUAUCCUGUUUUCUGUAUACUGGGGUGCAGAAAUAGCUUUAUGCUUUCUAUUAAGUCGUCUACCAUCGAAUAUAAUACUUUAUUCAACUUUAUUACCAUCUCUUGAACAUCGUAUAUAUUAUUGGAAUCGUAUUAGAUUUUAUUUUUACAAUAUUUGGUAUACACUAAGUAUGAGACCUAAUUUACUUAGUCGAUCACAGUUUUGGUCAAGGAAAAAGAAAUCUCAAAUAACUCAUCUUGAUAAACCUAAAUGGUGGAAAAGAUUACCACUUUUAAUUCCAAAUCUUCAUAUGAAAUCUACAAAUGCAAUGAUUACACAAAAUGAUGGGACUACUGAGGAACUUUUACUCACUCGUUUAUCACAUACUACAGGAGUUAUAGAUGUUGAAUGUGGAUUACCAGCUCAUAGCUUUAGUCUACCGUGUCAACUAAACAGGCAUAAUAUGUUAACCCAGUCUAGUUCCACACCUGCUCUCCAAUACAAUUUACCUCUUGAAGAUUCAAAAAUCAAGCAACUUACAACAUCUCCUACCACUGGUAUAUCUAAUUGGAUCAAUUCUGAAGAUAAUGAAAAUGAUGAGAGUAAGAAAUUAACAAUAAAUAGUACUUUAAACAAUCAUCCUGUUAGUACUUUACCAUCUUCAGUAUGUCAGAAUGUACCUGAGUCUGUAAGUACUCCACCUGCAAGUAAAGAUGAUUCAAGGUUGAAUACACAACAGGAUCAAGUUACAAGUUCAUUAUUAUCAGAUCAACAAACAACACAAUCACAAUAUCAGAAAGGAGAUCCUUUACCCAAUUUAAUAAGAGCUUCAUUAAUAGCUCGUUUUGAAAAUGAUUUAUUGUCAUCGAUUGUUUGGUUUACAUCAGCGUUUGUUGUUCAUUUUACAAGCUCAUUUACUUCUAUCUCUUACCUUCAACCGUAUCAUUAUCGUAUUCUGAUCUGGAUUAGUUCUACAUUGGGUUUUGUCUUAUACUAUGUUUGGCCUAAUUUUCGUAAGCCAUAUCCAUGGUUAUUACUUGUAAAGCCUAUCAUCAAACCUGAUUUUCAAGGCAGAUUAAUACAUUGGGAAGUGGUUUAUUUUUGGUCUUGUUGGUUAGAACGGAACUUAUUGCUGCCUGCUGUCACCAUGCUUACUGUGACGCAUUCGUUUACUUCAAUAGUUACAAAGUUCGGACCCUUACUGUCUACAUUCAUAAUUAUUGUGACAAGUAUGAAAAUGUUAAGGAAUGGAUUCUGUUGUGCCAAACAAACUUAUUUAAGUUUGUUUCUCACUGAUUUAUUGUUUUCUUUCGACUUCUGUGACCUCAAAGAAGCAUUCCCUAUCAAUUACUUCUUUGUAUCACUCCUUGUCAGUAAAUUUAUUGAACUAUUCCGUAAACUGCAUUUUAUUUAUGUCUAUUUGGCUCCAUUCAAUAUAAUUUGGGGUUCAGUAGCUCAUGCAGUUGUUCAACUUGGCUCAAUUCCUCACUCUGUGUUCAUGUUCGCGAACUGUAUUUUCUCAACUUUACUAUCAGCACCAUUGGAACCACUUAUGGCUAGUGCUAUCUUUAUAACAUCAUAUGUGAGACCGAUCAGUUUUUGGGAGACAAAUCAUCGGACACAACGUAUAGAAACAACUAAUAUGCCUAUAGCAGCUCAAUUGAAAGGGAUAUCUAAACAUCAAGUAUCUGGUAAUUUAGAUGGUAUAUUCUAUGAACAUUUAACAAGAAAAUUACAAAGAAUAUUAGCUGGAGAUUUACAGUUGGGACGUCUUGGUGGAUUAUAUAUUAGUCAUGGAGAUAUAUUCAUUCUUUCAACAGAUGAUUUAAACUUACUUAUUCAUAUUAUUGAAGUAGGCAAUGGUUAUGUUACUUAUCAACUUCGUGGUCUUGAGUUUAUCGGUACUUUAUGUCAUGCUAGUGAAUCAGAAACACUACGUUCUGAUCCGCAUAAAAAUAAGCGAUUCUGUUGUUGUCAUUCUAAAACUCUUCAUGGUAUGCUAAGUUUCAAUACUGCUGUUCGUCUAAGUUGUAUGGCUUGGCAGUUUGCAUAUACUCCAUAUAUCAUUGAAGGAUAUGAAGUUACUGAUCAUAGUGCUGGAUUCACGUUUCAACUAACAGAUCUGAGAAAGGUGUUAAUCAGUCGGUUUGUUCACUGUGUUAUCUACUUUGUGUGUAAGUUACCGAAUUUGUCCAAUCGGUUGAUACAAUUAUCUUCGUGUUUAGAAGCCAAUCGAUUCUCAUCACAAGAUUAUUUUGAUUUGGAUCCUGUAUUUUUUAAAAUGAUUGAUGAUGAUUUUGAUGAAGAGGUUAAUGGUGUUACUAGGCAACGUUUUGUUCAAAUCUAUUCUGAUUGGAUAUCAUAUUGUUUAAAGAAGCAUAAUGAAAAUUCAUCUGUACCAUGUGGUCCAGAUUCUCUUGUGGUAUCAUUAUGCUUAGCAUUAAGCUUGUUGGGUAGACGAUGUAUGGGUGGUAAUCAAUCCUCAAAACAUAUACUGGAUCAAUUUCUGCACGGUGUCCAUCAAGUAUUUUCUGGAGAUAUUAAUUUAGUACCAAGAGAUGAUUGGGUUUUAGUGGAUCUUGAUCUGCUUCAAACAGUUGUUACUCCAAGUAUUCGUAUUGCAUUAAAAUUGUAUCAAGAUACUUUUACAUGGUCUUCAGGUAACGCACACCAUGAACUAUACAAAAAGAUUGUUUAUACAGAGAAGAAUGUUGUCAUUUGUCAAGAAACGGAUCCAAAAUGGAGGUUUGCCGUUCUAAACGAUGCUGAUUGUUUGUUUUCAUUUCGUUGGGUGUCUGGUCGUACCUCUAUGGAUGUUUAUCGUAUUGUUCAACUUACUAAAAGGAGAUUAGAGUUUAGAGCUAUAAAAUUAAAUCCAGAAUGUGUACGUGGUCUAUGGGCUGGACAACAGCGUGAACAGAUAUUUUUACGUAAUAAUAAUGAAGAGCGUGGUAGUAUUCAAAGUGCUAAUCCAGUUCUACGAAAUUUAGUAAAUUCCAGUUGUGAUCCACCUAUUGGUUAUCCUAUUUAUGUUAGUCCAUUGAUAACUAGUUUUGCUGGUGACAAUGAAGAUUAUAUUCAUGUAUGCGGUGGUGAAUUAUCACUUGUCAAUAUUCUGUUACGUAUACGUGAGUGUUGGUCACGUUUUUGUCGUCGGUACUGUUGUUCACCGGAAAUACAUGAAGAUAAAGUAGAGUCUACUAUAAACAUAUCACAGUCUGCAUGUAAUACAAAUGAAUAUCUGAAGACUGGUUAUCCUGUUGUCAGUUGUAUUGAAAUAUCUUCUAAAUUAUCAGUUCCUGGUUACCCAUCGACUAGUACAAGUAAAUGGUCAUCUAAACAAUUCGAAUAUGAUAAACAAACCACUUUGAUUGCAUUAAUUCAUCAACAAAAUGAUUUAGAUAAUACAACUGGAGGAACUGCAUCAUCGACGAGUACUAUUCGUGAUGGACAUAAUUUUGAUUAUCUUUAUUCAGAGCAGUUCUGUAGGAAAAGUCAAAAGUUAAGUCAAAUUCUAAAUGAACAUUUGAACAAACUAUCCUGGCCUUCAAAAGAAUGGUUUAUACAAAGUUUAACAUAUUCUGCUUGUCAGUCAUCUAUUUUUUCCGGUCUUGAAGCUUACCGUGUUCACCGAUGGACACCAAAUAAUCCUGACUUAAGUUCACGAUCAUUCUGUCAUCGAACUAUCGCAUUAUUAGCAUUUCCAGGAGGUCCACCAUUAUUAGAUGGUCAUUAUGUAGCUAUUUGGGAGGAUAAAGGUGUGAUUGAAGUCAAUGAUAUAGACGAUGUAACUACUUAUAACAGUGGUAAUCAUAAUAAUAAUAAUAAUCAGUUUUUGAUGGAUUAUUUAUUAAACCACAGAGAUUAA